CAGUUACGUUGCUUGCAUGCAACGAUAAUUCGGUUCACCUGAAAUAACGGGACAAUGGUCAGAGAAUCAAUACAAAUAUGUGUAAGACUGUUUGUGGACUGGUCAUACCGGUUAAUUAGAAAAUGUAACGUAUGCCCCGAUCGAUAUCGGUUUCGCUUUAAUCGUCAAUGUCGUUCAAAUAAAAAUUGUAAGUAAGGUAAUGGCAAGACCAGAAGACUUUUAUGUUUUCAAGUAGUGCGACUCAACGAGUGGCCAGUCUUCCUUUUAUUUUCAACUUAUACGGCUUCACGACGAAACAAGAGACAUGUAAAGCAGCGAUUCGUUUGUUUUUUCAAAAAUAAAAAUACGCUAACUGUUUCCUCGUCCUUGACGACAAGACAGACGUAUCCUCCCUCAAAGGCUUUGGUUCAUAUUCUGGACUCUCUUUUAUUGGUAAACGUGCUUCUAAAAAUGGCUUAGAAUCCCAUUCGAUCGGCUGAGAAGCCAUAUUUAAGGCACUUUUAUCGAUAAAAGGGUGUUCAGAAUAUAGGCUUUUGUGAUUAUAUUUAGAGGUUUCCCAUUCACAUUUGACGUACAUUUUGGAGUUGGUUUCGAUUAUAGUCACAUAACCGUCAGCCGGUUAUUAUCGCCGACUAUUGUUGGAGAUAGUUUUUCUGCAAUAUUUAAAGUAGAAAACCUCUUAAUUUUCACCUCAGUGAAGGAAACCUAACCAAAAUGCAGUCAGAAGUAAAUGACAUAUCAGAGAGAUCCUUACAAAAGGCUAAAGAACAUGAUAGGAAUGGAAACUUUGGGAAAGCUUAUGCAUAUUACACUAUUGUUGCGGAAUUAUGUCCUGCGAAAAGAUCAGAAAUUGAAGAAACAUUUACAGAUAUACUAUGUACAUGGGGAAUAGAACUGGCAGACAACGACAGAUUAUCUGAUGUUGUACGCUGUUAUAAGUAUUCUUUAGAUAUCUAUCCAAACAAUCCUCGUAUGCUCAAUAAUUUUGCAGCACACUUGUUAAGGACUAACGAUUCCAUAAGAGCGAUAGAAUAUUUAAGAAGAGCUUUGAAAGUCGAUCCUAACUUUCUACCAGCAGAACGAAACUUACAAAAUGCGUACAGUAUGGCAGUGGACAGGUGGCAUUUUCCAAUGCUCAAUGACAAGCACAGAAAUAAUGCUUUUGAACAGGCCAUACGUAAAAGAAUCCAUCAAGGAUACAAUACAGUAUUGGAUGUAGGAGCUGGUACAGGACUUUUGAGUCUAUAUGCAAAAAAUGCAGGAGCUACAAAGAUUUAUGCAUGUGAAUGUUCCGAAGCAAUGACGCGAAUCGCAAAAGAAGUAUUCGCAUCUAAUAAUGCAUCGGACAUAAAAUUAAUACCAAAGCUGUCGUUCGAUCUUAAAGUACCUACAGACAUUCCAGAAAGAGUACAAUUAAUAGUGACUGAAACGUUUGAUGCCGGCUUGUUCGGGGAGCUUGUAGUACCGUCUUUGAUUAACGUGCACAUGAAUAUUUUAGAUUUAUAUGGUAUGAUAAUACCUAUGGGCGCGACGGUUUAUACAGCAGCCAUCGAAUGCGAAUAUAUUAGAUACAGAUCGUCAGUGAUUUUUGAGAAAGUGAAAGAUAUUUGCCUUUUGAAUUUCGACAAUGUGUCCGUAUUGCCGGACGACGAUUAUUAUGAGGCGGAGAAUCUGCAAAAUGUUCAAAUUACAUAUAUUACAGAGCCGCAAAAGCUCUUCCACGUAAAUUUCAACGAAUUGCAAGAACUGCGAAAAUUUCACAAGGACGGGAUAAAGCAGUUGUUGCGAGCGAAAUGUAAAUGCAAUGGCAUCAUAGAUGGUCUUGUCACUUGGUUCAAGUUACACCUCGACGAGGAAAUUACGUUGGAUUCCUCUGAUAGGAAAUCCUGUUGGGACCUCGCUGUUUUUCCGACGUUACACACCGCGUGCCAUGAAGGUGAUGUCGUAACAAUAAAAGCGGAGAUUUUGAUGAGUAAAUUGAAGUGUUCUUGUAAUAUGAGCAACGCAGAACUUAACGUAACGGCUUGUAAAUCCUUGUACCAUCUACCAAAAGAGGUCAUUGUCUUCCUGAAUGAUUUGGAUUACGUGAAAUUACUUACCGAGAUCGGUAGAUCUCAUAAGAAUAGAAACAUAAAGUAUAUUUUAGAUAUUUCGCCUUUUCCGAUUUAUGGUUUAACGAUCUUGAAGGAAUGUAAAGAUAGUGAGCUUUUGUACUACAAAACUGAUAAUCCAACACUUCGUUCUCUGGUUGAGAACGUGGCCCGAAAUAACAAGCUACAGGGGAAAGUACGUACGAUAUCAAACUACGAUGAGAUUCCAUGCCACUUAGAUUCUAUAUUCGUUCAUAACUUUGAUAUUAAAGGUGAAUUGCGAGAUAGCCGUCAUGAAAUCUUAAGAUGUCUUCUAAAGCCGGAGAGCCCGUUAUUGCCGGACAAAAUUUUUCUUAUGGGACAGUUGGUGUACUCGGAAGAUUUGCCAAAUAUGUCUUAUGUACAAGAUGUAAAUCUUAAAACAUCUGGUUUAUUCAACUUUUAUACUGAAAUGAGUUCGAAUAACGAAGACUGUCCACAUACAUAUAAUAAUAGAGGAAAUACAAGUACAAAUUACAUAAUCGCAGAACACAUUAACAAAUACAAGAUCAAUCAAAUAUUCGAUUUGAAUUCGAACUUAUAUUCAUGUGAAAUCUUGUCUGAACCACAAAUAUUGGCAGAGAUAAACGAAACGGAAACUACUGAAACAGUUGUGAACUUUGGAAAAAUAAGUAGUGCGAAAAAGGAAACUUUACCGAAUGCCUUAAUAUGUUGGUACAAAAUUCAGCUUGGUCCGGAUCAUAUAUAUGACACAAAAAAGAAUGACUCCUUUAUGAAUCAUACUGCGGUCGUUUUUGAAGAUGAUUUCCGAGAUAUUAUAUUGGGAGAUCAAGAAGUGAAAAUUAAAGUCCACCAUAUGAAAGGUUUGGUAAAAAUCGCAGUACUACAUUUGUAAAAAUCUACAAAAUAUAAACUAUUUUACAAUUUUGUACACAAUUCUUCAUUAAACUUGACUUUUAUAGAAAAAAAACAUACUUUUUUUAUGUAAAUAAAUCUUACGUAACUAUUUUUUAUGUAACGACAUGCCGCAUAUUUUAUUAUUAAUAAUCAACCACCUUUGUAAACGUUUCCCAUGUAGAAAUACCACAACCUAAGUUAUAUCAUUAAUACAUUAAUUAUAUUUUGUUAAGUAACAAUCUUUCAGUUUGAACCUUUUAUCACGUCCUACUAA